AAGUGUGUUUUGGAGGCAUAGAUGUUUCCUGUCUCUCCUUUCUGCAGUAAAUCGUUCAUGUUUUGGACUUGCUUGGGAAAAAUUGAGUUGCCUGGUACGUAAGGGGAACCUGAGAUCGUGCUGGCAGAAUUGCUCACCAGGUAUCUCUGUUCCCCUGACCCUUCUAACCAGGAACUGUAUUUGGCUUCAGGUUUAAGAAGUGUACAAUGUCUUCGGAGUCCUCCAAUAAAAGAAAGACAAAGGUUUACCGAAGUGAAGGUGGGCAGGGAGAAGGGAAACGCAGCCAUGACGGUGAGCAGGAGAUACGAGGGUACAGUGAAGAGGUUGAAGUAGAUAUGAAAGACCCCAGGAAAGACUACGAACUGUACAGGGUGACCUGCGAUGAACUUCAAAGACUUAUGGCUGAGAUUCAUGAGAUGAAGAGUAGAGGCGCCAGAGAAUAUGCAGCAGAAAUUGAGAAUCGGAGGAUCCAGAGCUGCAGCCAUUUCAUGACACUGAAGAAACUAAACCGUUUGGCUCACAUCAGGUUGAAAAAGGGAAGGGAUCAGACACAUGAGGCUAAACAGAAGGUUGAUGCCCUCCACCUCCAACUACAAAACCUGUUGUAUGAGGUGAUGCAUCUACAGAAAGAGAUAACAAAGUGCUUAGAGUUCAAGUCAAAACAUGAGGAAAUUGACUUGGUGAGUGUAGACGAGUUUUAUCGGGAAGCCCCUACAACAAUUUCUAAACCAAAUACUACCAAAAUUGAUUCCCAUCAGCAGACACUAGCCCGUCUUGACUGGGAGCUGGAACAGAGGAAAAGGCUGGCAUUGCAGUACAAAGAGUCCCUUGCUAACAAAGACAAGAUCUUGAAGGAGAUUGAGAUCAAAAAGGAGUACCUGAGCAGCCUGCAGCCACGUCUUCAAAACAUCAUGCAGGCCUCACUUCCUGUACAGGAAUACCUUGCUAUGCCUCAUGAUCAGCUCCACAAACAGUAUGAAGUAGCCAGGCACCUGCCCCCUCCACUAUAUGUGCUCUUUGUGCAAGCCAGUGCCUACAGUCAAGCAUGUGAUAAGAAGCUUUCUGUGUCGAUUGAAGGAAAAGUGGAAGAAGCAAAAGCCCUUUUCAAACGCCCAGAAGAAUCUCAAGAUGAUGAAAGUGACUCUGAAGCAGAAGAGGAGCAGACAACAAAGCGGCGACGACCUACUGUAGGGCUACAGCUUGAUGACAAACGUAAAGAGAUGUUGAAGAAUCACCCACUGUCUGUCUGUAUGGAACUCAGGUGCAAAGAUGGCAGCAUUUUGCACCUUUUCUUUUACUACCUGAUGAACCUGAAUAUUUUGACUGUGAAGGCACGUGUCGGCACUACUGUGGAUGUGUACAUCUCUGUCAGCGCCGGGGAUCUGCUUUCACCACAUUCACUUCUAAACUGCCUUUAUCCAAAUGAUGAUGGGAUGAAGACUCCUAAUCCUGCCAACCAAUACCAGUUUGACAAAGUAGGCAUUUUGACCUUCAGUGAUUACAUUGGAGAACUGGGACAUCCAUAUAUCUGGGUGCAGAAUCUUGGAGGAUUGCACUUUCCCAAGGAUCAUCCUGAGCCCACAGUGACUGCAGAUAACUCCCUCAGUGCUAGCUACAUGGAGAGGACCAUCAAGCUCCUGAGACUUCGACUACAGUCACGACUAGCCCUGCAUAGGCAGUUUGCUUCAUUGGAGCAUGGUGUUGUACCUGUCUCUAGUGACUCUCAGCACCUUUUCCCUGUCAAAAUUGUCUCUCGGCUAGUAAGGUGGAGCACAAUCACAUAUGAAGAUUUUGUGGUAAUACCUUUCACUAAACACAUUGUGGAUGCUGGCCUGGCUCGACCAGUAGAUCUUUUCUUCAGGGCACUUAUCGAGAGAGGCACAGCUAAACUUCAUGUUGCAGUAGCCAUGAAUCCCGGAUAUUCAUCCAUUCCACCAGUUUUCUGCCUGUGUCUGGACUGGAAAAGUGAAAGAACAAGCAAAACUGAUGACAAUGUCAAGGCCAUGGAAGGUGAAGUUAAUGUGCACUGCAGAGAGCUACAGGGACCAAAACCAGGCCACCAAAUUUUGACUAAUCAGUUGCAAAGGCUGUGUAUGUGCCUAGAUGUGUACCUAGAGACAGAGACUCGUGAUAAUAGUGUGGAAGGUCCUAAGGAAUUUCCUCAGGAGAAAAUGUGCCUUCGAGUAGUCAGGGGUCCCAAUCGACUGAAACCUUUUAAAUACAACCCUCCACAUGGAUUCUUUAGUCAUCGAUGAGUCUCCUGGGUUUCACCAGAACCAUAUGUGAUAAACCUAACAAGAAGGAACAUCCAGUAUUGUGAGCUGUACAGUACAUCUCCUAAAGAGCUUCCCCAGUUGUGUUGGGGACUUGUAUUUCCCUGGUUAUGUAGGAUUCUUGUAAUAUGCUUUUUCUCAUUUAUGAAGUAUUGUCAUUCUGCAGUUACUGACUGAAUUCAUUGUACACAAUUUUGUUUCCAUGACUGCACAACUUAUCAGGCCUUCGCAUUCAAUCUCAGACCUCAUUCAUUAAAUGAAUUUUGGAAGAAAA